UGGCUACCUUUUAAGCAAACAGAAGCCAAAUUCCAUUCUGCUAGGAUGAGAAAAAGUAGGCAGCCAUUGGUUCAUAGUUACAUAAUUUGUUCCUGUUUUGUUUUGUUUUUUUAAAAAAUGCUGACUGACUGAGGUCUUUGAGCAGGGCCAGAAGAGAAUUCCCUUUGGAGGCAAAAUUCUUCAAAGGAACACCCCCACCCCUAUUUUCAAGGACAAGACAAGAAAUCUGUCCAGCGGCAUUUGUCUAUUGUCCUAAGAAGAGCAAAACUUUUAUCUGCUGGGCGCUGGGCUUGUUUGACAAGAAUCAAAUCAUAGUGACUGGUUCUUGCACACGCAGAAUGAUUCAACCGAAGCAAGAAAGCAAGUAAAUGCUUGACAACUUGGGGAAGGAAAGAAUUGCCACCUCCCAUGUCUUUUAGAGAUGGGCUUACAAAAGUGUGGAGGUUGUUUGAGUUGCUCAUUAAUACUCCUGGCACUUUGGAGCAUUGUUAUAAAUAUCCUGCUUUAUUUUCCUGAUGGGAAAUCUUGGUAUGCCUCCAGCAACAAUCUCACCAACUAUGUGUGGUAUUUCGAAGGAAUCUGUUUCUCUGGUAUUCUGAUGCUUAUACUGGCAGCACUUUUAAUAAUUCUGGACCGAGACAUCUUCCAUGAAUGCUGCCAAAGUGAAAGCUGCACAAGAACAUACAGACGUUUCAUUUCAGUUGUGCUUGCCCUGCUUGGAAUUGCAUUCUCUGGAUACAGUCUGAUCAUAUCUACUUUGAGCUUAGUGCAGGGACCUUAUUGUAGAAUCUCAACUGGAUGGGAAUAUGCUUUCAAAGACACUGCAGGCCGCUACCUCAUGGAUCAAAGUUCCUGGUCUCAGUGCACAGAACCUGCUUAUGUGGUGGAAUGGAACAUCAUUUUGUUCUCUAUUCUGAUAGCCCUUAACAGCCUCCAGAUGUUGAUCUGCUUUCUGAAAGUGAUUGCGGAAUUAAAGAGAAUACUGUGUGGAACUUACCCUGUCUUUGUGGAGCCUACAUUGAUCUGACAGUUGUAGGAAAAGACAACAAGCACUUCCUGAAGGACAAUUCACAGCAUUACCAAACAACAGGCAUCACACAACUAUUCUGUCUUACUAUUCUCAGUGGAUUUUUUAGUGACAAGAAAAAAAGAAAGAAAGAAAGAAGAAACAGUGCAAAGAAAGAACAAGGGCCACAGAUGGAAGACAAUAAUGGAAUAACAACUGGAUGCCUGUAAAAUUCUGUUUCUAUGGCAGAUCAAUUGCACAAUAAAGACCUUGUCUGGUGGACCAUGCAUCUCAUCUCUGAUAAUAUGUAAAUACUGAUAUUUGAGUUUUACUAAAAUAAAAGUUUUUUGUUUGUU